CAGAGUAUCGACAAAAUGACAAACACAGCUGACAAAAAUGCUACUGAGGAGGAGGUGCACGCGGACGCUUCGUCUUCGAAGAAACGACGAAAUAAUUACUCGCUGAAAAUCUCAUCCGAGAUGACAAUGCACAAAGUAACGUCGGAGAUACACGCGGAGGACCAUCGCACCUCUGAGAAGCUUUACGGUGGCAAUGCGGUAACGAAAUUCGUUUUCAAGUAUCCGUCUUACAUGAUCGACUCGUCGGAGUCCGCAGCGGGAAAGUUGAGCUGCGACAGCGACGACGAUCUAGACGUAGACAGAGACAGGGAAGGAGUACUCAUGAUAGAGCACAGCGUGUCCACGGAACUCGAUUUGGUCGGUUUGCAAGUGUGGAGGGGCGCCCUGUUGCUGGCCGAUUACAUCUUAUCGCACUCGGAGUUAUUUAGGAACCAAACGAUCUUGGAGCUGGGCUCUGGCGUUGGGCUCACCAGCAUCGUAGCGAGUCACCUGGCCAAGGAAGUCAUCUGCACGGAUAUCAAUGUGGGUGGCAUAAUAGACCUGAUCAGACGCAAUUUUCUGACGAAUCUCGCGUGCAUUAAAUCCGCUUAUCGCAUCGACGAGGUGAACUUUCUGAACCUGACGUGGUCGAGAAGACUGGAGGAGAGAUUGCAAAGCGCGAGUGUCAUAUUGGCCGCGGAUGUGAUUUACGAUGACAAGAUCACGGAUGGGUUCGUCCGUACGCUGUCGAAGCUUCUGUACACGAAGAAGGAGAAAACGGUCUACAUCGCUCUGGAGAAGAGAUACGUGUUCACUGUCACCGAUUUGGACACCACCGCUCCGAUGUACGAGGACUUUUUACGUUGCAUCGAAAAGUACAGAAUGAAUUGGUCGGUAGAUUAUGUAAAUAUAGAUUUUCCACGUUACUUUAAGUAUGACAGAGUGAAACAUUUGGUCCUAAUGAGGAUACAAAACAACGCGAGAUCUAUUGCGUACGCGUAGCGAAUAGUUUACAUUCUUCUUAGCAAGGUACGCGAGUAACACACUACAUAACACAUGAUAUAUUACAUAAAGUAUUCACGUCAGUAUUACAAAUAGAAAGACAGCUUAGACUUGCCAAAGUAAGAAAUUAAUAUUCUCGCAUAAUUAUAUGUAUAUACUUAUUUAAUUACGGCAUCACAAUUGAUAUAAGUGUAAAAAAUAAUAUAGUCUACUUGUAUAUAAAACAUUAAAAGUUUCUCCUUCGGCAUAUACGUAUGCAUAUAUGUCAACACGUGCGACGGUACAACGUGUGAAGUAAUUAAAAAAGUAGCAGAAAGUUAGCACGAUUCAUCCUACGUGUAAGCUAGGUUUCUCAUUAUGUAGAAAUAUCUUCCCUUCGGAAUCCUUAGAUUAUUUAUCUUACAUUAUUAUUUGCGCAACGCAACAAAUCGGAGAGUGGUAAUCUAAGGAUCAAUAACGGGAAAAGAUAAGAUCCGGACCAUGACGAAAAUGACAAUCAUGUAAUAUACACUUCUCAUGUCCACGUAAUUUAUUUCGUCAUUUGUAUCAUCCUAUUUACAACCUAUAGAUAAUAUUAUUGGACAGUGAACGUGAAGCCGCUCGAAGAGAACGAUAAUUCCGUGAAACUUAAAUUACCGCGGCGCAAUUGACGGCACGGGUUUUUUUUCUCGUAGGGUUAAAAAAUGUUCUUAUUUAUCUACGAUAUAUAUAUGUAUAUAUAUAAAGAAGUCGGUAUGUAUAAAGGAAUGUAAGCGCUUCUUCGAACGACUAUGGCAGUAGAAGUUGUAUAUGUUACACGCGAGUCCCCGUAACAGUUCUAAUACGAUAUACUAGAGGUCUGAACCGCGGAAUCGUGCGCGCGAAGGAACGACGAUCGGCACAAGUGCUUAGGUAGCAAAUAAUUAAUUUCGCUAGAUACUUAAGUAGUAGAUAAUUAAACUAAUUUGACAAGAGUACGCGAAUUUUCGUAACAACGGAUAGCAUUCGAUUUUUCCUAAAUUGUUGACCGUCGUUCUGCGGAUUCAGACCUGCGCUUGGUUUGGUAAAAGGCACUUUCACUCUAUCGAUCCGCCUCCGUCUGUCUUUCUUGCUCUCUCGCUCGCUCUCUCUCUCUCUCUUUCUCUCGAUGUAAAAAAUGUAAAGUAUAAUUUACAGCCUCGCAUUUAGACUGAACUUGUAUACAUACAUACAUACAUACAUACAUACAUACACACAUACAUACAUGUGUAUGUGAAAUCUCGGAAAUUGCAAACGGUUACAUUCAGCGUUCACCUUACUCCCGAGAACCAUCAACUGCAGGACAAUAAAAGAUGCCUAUGAUGUAUCAUAAAGUACGUGUUCUUCGCUGUAUAAAAAGAAUAAAUCUAUCGGGAGUGUACAAAAA